UCGUCGAAAGCAUACAUUUAUGUCCAUAUGACAUUUCUGAAAUAGACUUUUAUUUCCAAAACGUCCCAAUAACUACAGAAUGACUGUGCAAAUAGUUAUUUUCAAACGAGUCGAUUUCUAAAAGUCGGCAACCAAUGUCGUCAUCGUUUGAUUAUUGAAAGCGAAUCUUAUUGUCCUUACGAGGCUCCUGUUCAUUUUUAAUUCGUAUUGAAAGCGUUAUGUUUAACAACCUUUUAACUAUGCAUUUAUGUCGCAUGUAAACGUUUACGUUGAACAAACUGUUAUAAAGCAAGAGUAUGCUUUUCAAAUGUUGGUUUUGUUUUGCAUAGAAUCUCCCCUGGAUCUAGACGGAUGUCACCUUUGCAUAGAGUUUGAUUCGUGGAUACAUCCGAUUAACUAUAUGUCAACAGCUGUUUACGCUCAGAUGGGUAACAAAAGGAUGACAAUAAGUUACGGGUACGUUGUGAACAGCAUUAAUGUGGCAAUUGACAGCCAGUCCAUGAUUGAAUGCGCGGUUCAGUGCCAGCGCCAAUCACGCAAGAAUUCAUGCCAAGUAGCCGGCUAUAAUACGGCAUCUCGGCGGUGCCAGAUUAGCUUUGCAUCUUCUCAAGACGUCAGUCCCACUGGAGACCAAGCUGAUGUUAUACUAAACAUGUUUGACGCCCCAUGUCCUAUUGUACCGGAUCUGCUGCACGGAAACAUGAGUUCGGAUGGCAACAUUGUUCGAUUUACAUGCAAUGCCGAUUUUGUCAUCAACGGUGUCGAUACACUCAGGUGUGUGUCUGGUGUUUGGAAUGGCACGUAUCCUACCUGCGAACGAAUAACGACGACAACGUUGACCACCAUGGCAACAACAACCACUAUAAUAACAACGACAGCCAACACUCCGGCAACAACCACCACCCCAAUUGGUACAACAACUUCAACAACAAUUACCGCCCAACCACUAACAACUACGACCCUAGCUACAGCAACACAUUCAGCCCCAUGUUCCACACUUUCCGCGCCUGGAAAUGGGACAAUUGAAAACAACGGGAACGUGAUGACAUUUAAAUGUAACCAGGGUUACGUCCUGAACGGUGAACCUGCGUUGGCGUGCCUGGCGGGUUCUUGGAACGGAACAGCGCCGUUAUGCUUUGAAGCGCCUUGCGACCCACUCCCAUCGCCCAACAACGGAAAUGUAUCAACGACAUCUAAAGUGGCGACAUUCACUUGUAACUCGAACAACUGUUUGUAUGGAAGUCAGACCCGGGUGUGCAGUCUGGGCCAGUGGAACGGUAGCGAGACCUUGUGCGUUCAACCGGGUGGUGUAUGUGCAAAUGAGGAAUAUCUCGUCACAGGCCCGAACGGCGUACCGGACAGUUCUAUUACGGUAUCAUCGCAAUACUUUGAACCGUUAUACCCAGGCAUGCAAAUAUACGCCGUCAGUCAGGCCCGACUCAAUGCCUCGCUGGUAGUCUAUUCGAACGGCUCAUUUCUCUCGGGUGUGUGGGCCUCAAAUAACGCCGACUUGAACCAGUCCAUUCAGGUUAGGUUUCCAACACCUCGCAUGGUGACUGCUGUAACUACGAGAGGGCGAAAGAAAGAUGGCGUUAAGGAUGAUCAUGGUCAAAAGGUUACGUCAUACCACGUCUACUACAGCACUGACUGCAGUACAUUUUAUCCAUACAAAAAUGCCACCAGCGGACAAAUUCUGAACUUUACAGGUAACACUGGCAACAGCUCAGACUUGGUCACCAAUGUUCUGCCAUGCCCAGUAGCUGCCCUUUGUGUGCGAGUGAACCCCCGGUCCUGGUAUAUCCACAUAUCGAUGCAGUUUGACGUCCAAGGUUGUCUUACAUCCGACGUGCUAUAGACGUUCGUCAUGUACUUGUAUACGUUGCGUUAUUGUUGAAGUAACCAUUAUUCCUCCUGUUUCAAUGACUAAAUUACACAAAGGAACAUUUCAGAGGAUUUUCUGUUUAGUGAUAUAUCUUUUAAGACACAAUAUUUAAACAUUACUUUUCAAUGUUGUCAAUAUAAAAUUAUUAUUGUUGUGUGAUUUUCUAUGCGUUUGUACUUUAAAAACCCAAU